AUGACUGCUUGGGCCUCUAUCAUUAUUUUAGGGUUUUUCCCGUUUAUUUACAAAGCUCAAAACCUGUCUGAAAUAUCAAAUUUAGUGGCAGACAACAGCACGUUAGAGUUGACCAACUCUACUGCUGUUUCCAAUGUAACUUUUGAUUCAACUAGUCUUCCAAAAACGAUUUUAGCUACAACCCCGUUCAUAGCAACCACAACUGAAAAAGAUGAUUGGUCGCCAGCUGAGAACUAUUUGUACACAGGAGAUUCGACUAUGCUAGAAAUAUUGCGUUGUAAUCGAGCUUACAGCCCAACUGGACAAGAUGGGCCCUUGCCUUAUAGCUUUGAUGUACCACUCAGACCAGCAAUGGACGCUUUAGCUAAUACUGCGAACUUUCUCAACAUGAUCUACCAAGCUAGCGAUUUGAGAGAAAGCACAGUGGAAGAAGACAUGGAGUGGUAUCAUGCAUUGGUCCGUGCACUUUUAGACGCAGAUGUGCUAAUUCAAAAGGCCUAUCUAACAUUUGACGCUGAUCCGGCAGCACAAAUGCCACAGCUCGUGCUACGUGCAACUCGUAACCCAAUGGCUAAAAUUCAAACUAUCAUCCUGCAAGAUUUGUCAAAGUAUUGGGAUACGUUGCACCCUCCUGCUCCAGCGCCGGAUGACACAUGGUUUAGGAGUUUAAAAUUUCCAAUGAACAAUCGUCCGAUAGCAGCGUUGUCCAAGAGAGUGCUGUUGAAUGACUUGAGCACGCUGGAUACCCCAAAAUGGCGGCAAAGUGACAGUUACGUGACCAAUCGCAGUGGGGUGAGGUGGGCCAGUGCUCCCUUUUUGGACUGUGAGGAUGGGAGGUUUUUGCCUGGGUGGAUGCUAAGUUUGUCUGCGGCUUACUAUGGACUCAAACCAGACCUGACUCCAGAGUUCAGAGGUGUGAUCCGAGUGGAUGUGAACAUUCAGGACAUCGAUGUGAAUCAGUGCGCCACAGGAAAAGGCUGGUUCGCCGACACCCACCAAUGUAACCGCACCAGUAUGGAGUGUGUCCCGAUUUCCGGUCGUGGUUUUCGUCUGGGACAGUACUGCUGCAGGUGCAAAGAAGGAUUCUACAACCCAGAGCUCACCAACCAGGAUCCAGAUGCCCUCCCAGUGAACAGCAGCGAUGUGUGUUACCCCUCCAUGCCGGUGUGCCUGCCCUGUUUCCCGGGCUGUGAUCGUUGUCAGGAUGGCACCCCCUGCAGGGUACAGGAGGACUGGCUGCUCCGGACAGCAGUGCUGGGCAUUCAGGGAGUCUUCAUGGGUCUGAUAUUUGUUAGUAUGAUGGCUGCCUACAGACACAGGAGGAACAAGAGGAUCCGAGCUUCUGGUUUGCUUUUGUUGGAGAUUAUUCUCUUCGGGUCCCUGCUUCUCUACUUCCCAGUUUUCAUCAUGUACUUCAGGCCCAGUACGUUCAGGUGUAUCCUCCUGCGCUGGGUGCGAAUGUUGGGUUUCUCCAUCGUCUAUGGCACUGUCACUCUCAAAAUGUACCGUGUUUUGAAGGUGUUCUUGUCACGUACCGCCCAGAGAGUACCAUACAUGUCAAGCCUCCAUCUGAUGCGUAUUCUGGCUGUGAUGCUGAUGACGGUGAGCUGGUUCCUCUGUGCGUGGACCGUGGGUGUCCUUCAGAACAGGGACAGGAAUAUCCCAGUGUACUUGUCCACCACCACCUCCGACGGGCAGGGCUUCAACCUCUGUUACCUCGACCGCUGGGACUACAUGAUGGCUGUGGCGGAGUUGCUGUUCCUGUGCUGGGGCAGCUCUCUCUGGACGGCUGUUCGGCCUGUGCCCUCUGCCUUUCACGAGCCUCGUUACAUGGGCAUUGCAAUCCACAAUGAACUGCUGCUCUCCACCAUGUUCCACCUCUUUAGGUUCACGUUCCCAUCUCUGCACCCUGACUGGAUGCUGCUGCUGUGCUUCACUCACACUCACUUCACCAUCACAGUGACACUCGCCCUACUCUUUCUGCCAAAAUUCCUGUACGUGUCCAAACCUGGUCGCGAGGAGAUCGCAGCUGAAGUGUACGAGGAUGAGGUGGAUCUAAGGCGCUCUUAUCUAAACAACAGUUUCACCUCAGCCUGGAGCGAACACAGUGUGGACCCAGAAGACUUCAGGGAGGAACUGAAGAAGCUAUACGCCCAGUUAGAAGUCCACAAGACCAAGAAGAUGACUGCUAAUAACCCUCACCUCCCAAAGAAACGCAGUUCUCGAUGCGCAAUUGGACGAUCCAUCAUAAAACGCAUAGCAGAAUUCCCAGAAACUGUAAGUCGCCAGUGCAGCCGGGAAGACAAGGAUGGGUCAUUCCGAAGUCGAAGUAUUUGCCAUUCAGAUUCAUUCAGGAGAAGCCCGGAUAAUGUUAGCAUCAGUUACAGGAGUUCAAUAUUAACUCCAACGCCGUCAAUUCGCAAGUCUCAAAGUGACCAUCAUUCUGUUCAGGAAAAUCAGCCAUCUUUGCGCGAUACGUCAAGGUUAAGGCCAGAUAUGAUCAAAAGAUGUUCGCAAAGAUCGGAAACGGACUCUUUGGAUAUGACUCCUGGAGUGUGCAAAUCAGCAAGUGCACAAAAUUUAACCAUAGAUACAAAUUUGCUGUACCCAGACCAUACAAGACUGCACAAGACGUGGAGUUUGACGACAACACCUACCCAUUCAGUUGAAAAUAUUACCAAAGUUGAGAGAUCCAACUCAUUUGUUUCGAAAUCAAGGGAAUUCAUGUCUAUUGGUGAACAGACGAGAAGUGCUUUGCAAUCAGAAUCGUUUGACAGAUCAGAAAUUUGUCCAUGGGAAGUAGAGCUGGACCAUUCCACAGAGAAGAAUCAAAAACAUGUUACUAUUGCAAAUUCUACUGAAGACAAAGGAGGAGAAAAUAUGUCACCAGCCUCUCCUGUAGCAUUGGUAUGUCCAUGGGAUCACCUACCACCACCUGUUGAAAAGAAACCAUCUGAGGACCUAGAAUCGCCAAAACCACAACUAACAGUGUCUGCUAGUGCGCCUCCAACUCCACAACCUAAAGUAUUCAAAGAUCAUCGAGUUUUCUCAUUCAGAACCGCUACAACAAAAUGGCUAUCUGUAAAAUCGUUUGUGGAAUCUAUUGAUUCAACAAACAAGUCUGACACUUUGAGUAGGGACGAUUCGCAAAAAAGUCAUGACGGUGCUGCUGCUGCUACUUCAAGAUUUGGAAUGUCAAGCAGUACUAGGCGUCCAAGUGAUGACAAGAAAACGUUGCAAAAGAGAAGUAUGACCACAAUAGAUGGGAAGCCAAAUCUUGUCAAACAAAAUGCUAUUAGGUUGUCUUCUGGUGAUUCUUCAGAUAGGAGUCCAAUAAGGUUAGCUGUUGUGAGAUCUACAAUUUGUCCAUGGGAUAUUGAAGAUGUGCAACGAGAGGCUAUGUAUGAAAAUAUCAAUUUGUCAAGGCAAAAUAGCAAAAGAAGCAGUGGCAGUUCAUGGGAUACCGCUAGCCAUUCGAGAACGCCCUCAAUGCAUAGAAGAGGUAGUAAAAGGCUAACUCCUGCUCGUAAAUUAGCAGAUAGUACGAGACAGCAAAGUUUCAAAGCUGAAGUUUGCCCAUGGGAAGUGUCCGAAAAGGUCAAUAUUUGUCCGUGGGAGUCCCAAGAGCAAGAAAUUAAAGUAACGCCACAAGGAAGUGGACGUGGCGAUGUGUGUCCAUGGGAAACUCAAGGCAUGCCCGCUACUUCAGCUGUUCAUAAAGAGGUCCAAGCACAACCAUCUUUGAAACGCAGUGCAGAUAUUUGUCCUUGGGAGUCUGCCGAACCACAAGUACCUGUAAUCAGACAAGACAGCGAGUAUGCCAAUGUUUGUCCAUGGGAAAGCCCAGAAGUUGUGUAUGAGAAUUUAAACCCGAUGGAUUCUAAAGGGUCACUGAAGGUGCCUCAAAAACAACCUGAAAUCGUGAAAGCAACACUAUUUCCAGAUGCACAAAAAGAUAGUCAUUCCAAAUCGCCAGUUCAUUUAGGAGUACCAAUGUCCAAGAUGGCGGAAAGCUGUCCAUGGGAUUUUCCGGAUCCACCUCCAGUUUCAGAAACAAUUUGUCCAUGGGAGGAAGGAAGUAUAGAAACCUUAACUGUCACGAAAAAGGACUCAACAACGCAAAUGACUAUAAAAGUGGAUGUGUGUCCGUGGGAAAACGUACAGCAAGAAAGUCUAGAAGAUGCCGGUGAAGGUAGAUCAAGCAACCGGCACAAGAAAAGUUGCCAUGUCAAGAAGCAACUUAUGCAAAUGUCUGUCCAUGGGAAACUGAAGGAGGCAGUGAGGUAA